CUUAAAUGAUUACCUUCCAUUCUCUAGUCUCCACAAAACUCUUCAUUCCUUUCUACUUAAAAAAAGCUUCUUGAUUUCUGUCAGCAAAUUAUGGGAAUGAAUCUUCAUUUGAAGCAUAGGAUCAUUCCCAUAUGGGUAGUUUUAUCAUGUUUAUCUCUUGUUUUAGCUCCAAUGGCAAUCACUGCUAGCAGAACACACCCUCCUCUUUCCUCCAUUGAUGAUCCUACUCUUCCCACUGAGAAAAACCCUCCAUUUUCUCAAAUACCCACAGAAAACAAAGCUCACUCUCCAGAAAUCAAAGUGAUCCACCAUGAGGAUUUGAACAUGAAGAUUCUUGUUGCACUUAUUGUUGCUUCAACUCUCCUUGUUGGAAUCUUGCUCUUCUUAUUAUGUUGUUGGAUCUUUAAACAAAGGCAUCUAAAACCCCUGAAUACAAAAAAAAUCCCAAAAAGCCAAGGGUUGUCAUUAGGUCCAACCUUGGAUAAAUUCACCGCUUCGAGAAUCGCGGGUAAAAGAGGGUCGGUAACGGUCAUCGACUACGAGUGGUUGAUAACCGCAACCGACAAUUUCCAUGAAGAUAAUAACGUUCGUGUGGAAUCGUGUGGGAAUGUGUACAAAGCUCGGUUCAAUGAUCAUUUCUUCGCAGCUGUAAAAAGACUCCACAGCGGUGGAGAACAACAUGAUGCCCGAAAAGGAUUCGAGAAUGAAGUAGAUUGGUUAGGUAAACUCAAGCAUCAAAAUAUCGUAAAUCUGUUUGGUUAUUGCGUGCACGAUGAUACAAGGUUUUUGGUCUAUGAAAUGAUGCAUCAAGGUUCUUUGGAGUCCCAAUUGCAUGGGCCAUCUCAUGGAAGAGCGUUAACCUGGCAUCGCAGGAUGCAAGUUGCACUUGAUAUAGCGCGAGGACUAGAGUAUCUUCACGAACGAUGCAAUCCCCCUGUGAUUCAUAGAGAUCUUAGAUCAUCGAACAUUUUGCUAGAUUCUAAUUUCACUGCUAAAAUUUCUAAUUUUGCACUUGCCACCACUGAGCUUCAUGCCAAGAACAAAGUUAAGCUUUCGGGUGCGUCGGGUUAUGUAGCUCCGGAAUACCUAUCCGAAGGUAAACUUACCGAUAAGAGUGAUGUCUACGCGUUUGGAGUCGUACUUCUUGAGCUUUUAAUAGGUAGAAAACCCGUAGAGAAAAUGUCGCCAUCUUUAUAUCAAUCAAUUGUCACUUGGGCAAUACCUCAGCUAACCGACCGGUCAAAGCUUCCACACGUUGUUGACCCGGUGAUUAGAGAUACAAUGGACUUGAAGCACUUAUAUCAAGUUGCGGCUGUAGCGGUGUUGUGUGUGCAGCCCGAACCAAGUUACCGACCGUUGAUUACGGAUGUAUUACAUUCAUUCAUCCCACUUGUGCCUGUUGAUCUUGGAGGGUCAUUAAGAAGUUAACAAUAUUCAAAUUUUAAACUAGGUUGUCUCGGGUUUUCUUGUGUUCUUACAUAUUCAUAUUCCCUAAAUACUCCUACGGGUCCGUAAGUUAUGGUUUAUCGUGACGUUUUGAGGAUGCUACGAUAGCGGAUUGCUAUAUUACAUGGUUUUAACGUGUGAUUGUACGUCUGUACGGGCCUACUUAUGUGAGCGGAUACAAAAUUCGAAUUUAGGGUGUGAUGAGAAUGAGAAUGUGGAUGAGAGUGAAGAAGAGGGAUCAUGAUUAUUUUUGGGACAAAAGGUACGAGGUACAUGAGUUAACAUUUAGUGUAAAGAGGAGAGGACAUGAGGGGUUGUUUUCAUUCUUUGUUUUAUGUACAUACAAAACAUACUCAUUAUGUGACUUGGUGGUAAUCACUAAUCAAGUUAUUGAAGUGAUAGGGUGAAAGCUUCAUGUUAUGAUAUGAUUCUAUUGUUGUCAAAUCUAGUGUGCAAAUUGUAUUUUGUGCUUGAGUGGUUC